AUGUCACGCCCUAUUGUUAUCAACAUUGCCAGUGGUCAUUAUGCUGGUGCUGAACAAAUAUCAGAAAGUAUAAAAGAAAAGCUGCAAGGAAUCUUCAAACAUGAGAUCAAGAUGAUUAACCUCAACGAACGCGCUAUAUCCCCAAAACAAUACUCGGAUAAGGAUUAUGACUUUAAUAAAAUUAUCAAGGAGAUCGAGUGCUUGCCUUCUACCAGUGGAUUGGUAAUUGUCCUAGUAUAUGGAUGUUAUUCUAUAUAUGAUGCAAAGUUGAACGAGUUAUCGUCACUAAAAGUAUAUGUGGACAGUGACGGUGACAAAAGACUAAUAAACAUGAUAAAUCAGGAGUCAGUAAAUGCAAGCGAAGAGCUAGCGGCAUGCAUUACUCAUUAUAUGGAUCGCUUACGUCCAGAAAUGAUUAAAUAUGUUGAGCCAAGCAAAGCUCAUGCAGACAUUAUUCUUCCUUCUAUGAAUGAUAACUUAGGAACAGCAAUUAUCGUGGAUGGUAUUGUAAAGGUCGUUGAACAGCAUCAAGGUGGGGAACUAAAGGAAUCUCCUACCCUUUUCCCACAUCUAGAUUUCAACAUAGAAAGAUUGGAAAUGGAGUCGGAACGCUACUACGAUUUGAGUUGA